AUGGCGACUCCGAUGGUGGGCGGGCCCUUGCGCAGCGAGGGCCGAAAAUCCAUAUAUACAACCACGGCGCUCAAGCGAUGGUCAUGCCAAAGUGCCGACGAACUACCUGCCGUCGCGCAGAUCAAAGCGAUCCAUGUCUACGAUUUUGACAACACCCUAUUCUCGAGCCCCCUUCCUAACCCUCAGCUAUGGAAUGGCCCGACGAUUGGCUUUCUUUCUACCUACGAAUGUUUUGCCAAUGGAGGUUGGUGGCAUGACCCCAACAUCCUUGCAGCGACCGGACAGGGGAUGGAAAUUGAGGAACGUAAAGCGUGGAAAGGAUGGUGGAAUGAGCAAAUAGUACAAUUGGUGGAACUCAGCAUGCAGCAAAAGGAUGCGCUUACUGUUCUUCUCACUGGGCGAGCAGAGGGUCCAUUCGAAAACAUCAUCAAACGGAUGAUCAAGAGCAGAAAACUAGUUUUUGAUCUAGUCUGCCUGAAACCUGAAGUCGGUCCCAAUAGCCAGCGGUUCUCUUCGACCAUGAACUUCAAGCAAACUUUUCUGGAAGAUCUGGUUAUCACCUACAAACAUGCCGAUGAGAUCCGAGUUUACGAAGAUCGCGUUAAGCAUGUUAAAGGCUUCCGCGAGUAUUUUGAAAAACUCAACCGAGCUUUACAACCUGGGCCACCCUCUGCUCCACGCAAACCUAUCAAUGCCGAAGUUAUUCAAGUUGCUGAGGAGGCUGCUUUCCUCCCUCCAGUCACCGAAGCUGCUGAGGUUCAGCGGAUGAUCAACUACCAUAACAAGAUUCUUACCUCAACGUCGGGUAACACUACCAAGUCACCUUACGGGCGACUAAGAAUUAAGCGCACAAUCUUCUUCACAGCAUAUCUUCUGUCCAACACAGAUUCCUCUCGUAUCAUCACUUAUGUUUUGAAUCCAUUGAUACCACCGAAUAUGUCUGAUUCGACUGAGAUUAAAUACUUAGCCAAUGCAAUCCUGAUCACUUCUCGCCCACCAUCAAAGUCUAUCAUUGAUAGAGUAGGCGGAAUGGGGAAAACAGUGCGCUGGCGAAUCACCGAUACAGGAGUUUUUGAAAACAAACUCUGGGCCGCUAAAGUGACACCGGUUCUGGACUCAGAAAUCAUUUACACCGAAAACCCAGAACCGCUCAUGGUCCUUGCUAUGCGCAAGAGCGCACGACCCACGGACGCUGGCCGGAUCCGUAACUGGCAACCCGUCAUAGAGGAUAACGCCCUCGUCUUCGACGCAACUGUCGGACAAAAGAUGGCGUUGAUGAUCGAAGAGGAACACACGGGCGACGCAUGCGGGACCGCGAGCCUGGAUCGCGUAAUUACCCGCCACACCCCCAUCCCCAUACACAUUCGCAAACACAUCCUCAUGCACCACAUGGACCUGGUGAUGCUCAUCGAGAAUACUCACCUUAUCACAGCCGGAACAAUCCCCCCUAUCCACGCCAUCCUGGCGAGGGCGGCGGCGGCAGCGGUGCAGGCGGAUGUAGAUAUUACGGAGACGAAGGUGGACCGCCUCCCCGUCGCGGCGGCGGUGCGGGUGCCAAUUAUAGGGGAAGUCGCGGACGUGGACGAGGAGGGCGGGGCCGGGGACGUAGCCGUGGAGGUGGCCGAGAUGGUGCCUCUGGUUCCCAUCAGUACCGUUCACUGGAUGAUCAUGUCGCGGGCGGCUCUGGCAGUGGAGGUGGGUACGAGGGACCGGGGACCGGGGAUGAGAGGGGUUACAGAGGGGGUAGGGGUCCUAUUAUGA